UGGUCUGACUGAGAUGCUUCUUAGCCAAGUCCUGCUCCAAGUGUGAUUGCUUUCUUGAACUGUUUGUUACCUCUCUUGGAUGAGGCAUAUACAGGAAAUAAGCUUAAACAUUUUAAAACUUUUAUAGCAAUUUGAUGAUAUAGCAGUAUUUUAAUUUUUUUAAACAAAGUUUGGGAUUAUUUUUAGUCAGAAUAAUUGAUCUGCAAUGGAAUGGGGAAAAACUAAUCUUUGCUACAUAUGGUUUUAAAAGCACUGUUGGGCAGCUGCCAAGUGGACAAUUGAAUACAAGUGUAGAGUUGGGGGGAAAAGGUCCAGGCUAGAGAUGUAAAUUUCUACAUUUGAGAGUCCUGAGCAUGAAAAUGGCAUUUCAACACAUGAGUCUGGAUGUAGUCUUUGAGGAAGUGUGUAUUGAGAAGAGAGAAGGACCAAGAACUGAAUUCUGGGACAUUUCAACAUUUCAGACACAAGAGCAAUGGGCCACUUUUGCUCGGGUUUGGUAUCUCUUAGAUGGGAAAAUGCAGCCCCCUGGCAAACUGGCUGCUAUGGCAUCAGUUAAACUUCAAGGAUUGCAUAAACCUAUAUACCAUCAACUGAGUGACUGUGGGGAUCAUGUUGUCAUUAUGAACACAAGGCACAUUGCAUUUUCUGGAAAUAAAUGGGAACAAAAAGUAUACUCCUCACAUACUGGCUAUCCAGGUGGAUUUAAACAAGUAACAGCUGCUCAGCUUCACCAGAAGGAUCCAGUAGCAAUUGUGAAACUAGCUAUUUAUGGCAUGCUGCCAAAAAACCUUCACAGAAGAACUCUGAUGCAGAGAUUGCAUCUUUUCCCAGAUGAGGACAUACCAGAAGAUAUUCGUAAGAAUUUGGUGGAAGAGCUUCCUCAACCACGAAAAGUACCCAGACGUCUAGAUGAGUACACGCAGGAAGAAAUAGAGGCUUUCCCAAGAGUGUGGUCUCCACCUGAAGAUUAUCGACUCUAGGAGAAUGAAAAUUGCUGGAAAGAGCCAUGUGGUGACUGAAGCUUCUUCCUGAUGAGUCUCUCCCAAGCUACAGGCCGAGUGAGGCAGCUGCUGCGUUUUGACAAGGAACUUGUCUUGGGCACUGAAAGCUUGUGGAGAAAAAUCAGGAGGUGAUAAUCCUUCGAUAGAUACAUUAUUUUAUAGAAUUAUUUUAUUAUGUAGUCCAAUUUGAAUGUUGUAUGUGAUAAGAAUAAAAUCGCUAACUU